AUGAGUGAUAUCGCACUGAACCUCAUCCAAAGCUACUUCCUGGGCAAAUUCGGGAUAUACAUCGUGCGCAAUGCCCAGAGCCUCCAGCAGCACCGGUCCUGGAUCCAUGCGGACCGUCGACCCCGGGGCCGGCAGCCCCCGGCCAGCCAGGUGUCCCCGCUGCCCCCGUAUCGGACCGUCAGCUGUCAGCGCUUCUUCCCAUCCGGUGCCGGCAGCGGUUUCUUCCAGGUCACCCCACCCGCGCACACGGAGCGGGCCCGCCAGGCGGCCACCAUGGGCGAGGUGGAGUUCAUCCGGAGGCAGGUGGCCGGGGCCCUCGCCGAGGACGCGGCGGCGGCGGAGGCCGGGGCCCAGCAGGUGCCGGACCCGGAUGCCAGAGCGCCCACCGAGAUAUCCCCCUGGCUGGAGCUCACCCGGUGGCCCGAGUUCCUGCGUGGGCAUGCCUUCACAGCGGUGGCCCCGCUGGCCGCGCCGCCGGAUCCCACGGCCGAGCCCCUUCUGACAGUGUUCAGCGCCAGCGUCGAGCGGCUGAUCGAGGCGGCCUACCAGUCCAUCAAGACGCGGCGGAUCAACGAGUUUGACCAGGUGAGUCGGCAAGCAAGCGAGAAAUAUAUAUAUGGUAGGUAA